AGUUUCCACAACACUGAUCAGCUCCCAAUGUUGAGCCGUGACGGAGCCACAGUGAGAGCUGAGCAGCCUUCCCACUUCAUCAGCCUGGUAAACCGACACCUGUCCGCCACAUCCACCGCCUUCUCCCUUCUGCAUGCGCCAGCUGAAGGUGUCACUUCGGUUUUCGGGUAUGAAGAAUAAACACAACCAGCAGGUAAACACAGAGGCUCCGAACCGACUCGACAUGUCGAGCUUCGAGGUGACUCUCCAGCAACUCAAUGAUCUGCUGACGGAUGACAGCGGCUUUUACAGCUGGCCGACUAAACACUUCCAUGAGGUUUACCCGAGGAUCUUUGUCGGCAAUGCGUUUGUGGCGAUGAACGCGAUGCGUCUUAAGCGCCAGGGCAUCACCCACAUUCUGAAUGCCGCGGAGGGAAACUCCUUCAUGCACGUCAACACCAACGCUGAGUUCUAUGCCGGCACGGGCGUCAUCUACCACGGCGUACCAGCCAGCGACACCGACCACUUCGACAUCAGCGUUUACUUUGAAGAGGCAGCAGACUUCAUCGAGAAGGCGCUGGCAUACAAAAAUGGAAAAGGUAAAGUGUACGUUCACUGCAGGGAAGGCUACAGCCGCUCGCCUACCUUAGUCAUAGCCUACCUGAUGCUUCGCCAAAACAUGGACGUCCACACCGCUCUGGCCAUGGUGCGGCAGAAAAGAGAGAUCGGACCGAACGACGGCUUCCUUCGGCAGCUCUGUCGGCUAAACCAGAGGCUGGCUGCUGAGGGAAAGUUCUGGAACAAAUGAGGCAGACAAGGAAGCAGAUAGCCCGUCUGUAAGAGAGAACAAAAGUAUGCUUCGUUGCACUUCACCUUCUUUCACUUGUUCUACAGCUUUAACGAGUCGCAGAUCUGUGAGGGAAUGUUCUGGAAGUGAGGAGAGUGGAGAAUGAAAGACAUUUUCUCAUAGACAUAGGCUGACAGCACUGAGUGUAUGUAUAGUACAAAAUAAUACAUCUUACACACAAACUUUUGACAUGUACAUACAGUAUUUUAAUUGUGCUCAGACUAACUGGUGAUACAAUGUGCUGAUCGUACAAUGUAAUGUGUAAAUCCAGGUUCACUGCGUUCACUAAGUGUGUUCACAUACUCUCACUUAUAUUCUGAAUAUUAGAUUCAUCUUCAGGUCUAAGUGACAUUGAAUAAUCAGUAAGCAUUUUUUUUCAUGUCCUGUAUAGUUUGGUGUGUUUUCCUGCUGCUCACUAUUCCAGAGAACAAUAUCAAAGUAUAAAGGGAAUGUUAAUACGCAUUUAAAUACACUCACUGUGGGAACUGGUGAAAAAAUAGAUGGUGUAACUGAUGUGAUACUGCCACCGCCUUUUCUCAUCCAGCCUUCUUCCCCCCCCCCUCCAUCUCUCUUCCUCCAUCUUGGCAUUGUGCCCUUUGUCUUGGCCUCACUCCUGCACACACUGCCAGAUCCCUCAGUCCCAGCCACUCCCACAGGGGAUUUCAAGUGGACACUGUGAUUUUUCAUAUUGAAUCAGAUUUUCAGGUUAAUAGAGGGUAAUAUUAAAAUAGUUUUUGUCUAAUAUGCCUAGUAUGUUUUAGAAAACUACACAAUCGUUGACUUACUGUAUGUUGCACUCACGUCUAGAAGCCUGUCUCAGAAUUAUGUCUCGGUCAAAAAUGUGUCUUGUUAUGGUGCUUUGUAGGGAUUAUUGACACUAUUUCAUACUGCAAGAUAAUUACAUUUUUAAUAGUAAAAUUAAGCUGGUCUGAUAUUGAUGAUAAUUGGCAGCAACACAGCAAAGGAAACAAGGAAUAGUUUGACAUUUUGGGAAAUAUAUUAUUCACUUUCUUGCUGAGAGUUGGGUAAGAAGAUUGAUACCAUUCUCAUGUCUGUGUGGUUAAUAUGACGCUAACACUAGCAGCCGGUUAGCUUAGCACAAACACUGGAAACAGAGAGAAAGCGCUAACCUGGCUCUGUCCAAAGGUAACAAAAGCCUCCUACCAGCACAUGUUAAGAUAGUAAUUAACAUGUCAUAUCUUGUUUAAUCCACUCAAAAACCGAAAUGUGCUUGGACUGUUUGUUGGCCAGGCACAGGCACUCUUUCGUUAACUUCUGUAACCCUGUGAGAAAACUACAAUUUGUCGUUUUACCAUGCAUAAGUUUAAACAAACAAGAUAUAACGUGUGAAUUAGUGAGCUUUACAGGUGCUGGUUACCUAAGGAGAGAGCCAGGCUAGCUAUUUCUUGCCGUUUCAAGUCUUUCUGCUAAGCUAAGCUAACCGGCUGCUGGCUGUAGCUUCAUAUUUAGCGUACAGACUUUGGAGUGGUAUCAAUCUUCUCAAGAAAGCGAAUAAGUGUAUUUCCCAAAAUGUCGAACUAUUCCUUUAUUUUCAGCUUUGGGAGAUGAUGUGUCUCACAUUCUUACAUCAAGCAACUCUUGACAGUUCAUUCUACAUGCAUGCCCUGUCAGGUGACCUAUGACUUUAUGCCAAAUGGUCCAGUGAGUGGAACAAAGCCACUAAAGUCUCUGAUUGUAAUUUAAACACUGCCAGAAUGGGAGAUAUGUUUGCCUAUAACUUAAACAUUAUUAGAUAACUUCUCAGUCAACACCUUUUGCACAUUAGUGUGUUUACAUUUGUGUGUUUUUGUCAGAGUAUAUUAUAUGCAGUUUUAUAUUGUACAGCAGCAUGCUUUGUAAUAUACGUGUGAGCCAAAGUGUUGUUUAUGUUCCUUUCUUAGCACAGCUAUGUAGCUAUGUAUGUUUACUGAGUCAUAGUGUGCAUUAUUGAGUGUCCAUUAUUUGUCACAAUGUGCAUUAUUAAGCGUGUAUAUUUUGAAUCAUUUGCAUUACUGAGUAGGCUGUGAUGUAACUGGUCAUGUCAGUAGGCUUUCAUUGAGUAACGGAUUAUGACACUGCUUAUAUGAAGUGCACUUUAUCUAAUGACACUUGUGAUUGUUGUUGCUCUCUUUUCAUACAUUCAGUAAUAAACUGAAAAUGACA